GUACCUGAUGGUACGCAACGUGCCGGCGCUGGGGUGUGUGGACGACCUGCUCCGACUGUUCUCCGCGCAUGGACCCAUUGAGGAGCACCGCAUGAUGGACGAAGAGGACGCCCCUCCCUUCACCGACGUCGUGUGGCUCAAAUUCGCCCACCUGCACCAUGCCAG